ACCAACAUCGAUUUUUUGCAGGGAUAACAGAAGAUCGAAGACACUUCGAAUUGCCUCUGAAAGACUAUAAAAUCCAACGGACAACACCAUGCCAGAGCUCACAUCUUUCCCCCUCACCACCACUCUAGUCUCUACCCGUCGCUCUCAUCCUCAGCCCCGCAUCCAACAUGCCGGAAGGAACCAUGCGCGCACUCUACUACAGCUCCCCUUACAACUUCGACAUUCGCCAGGUUCCUAUCCCCAAGUGCGGUGACGAUGAUGUUCUCCUCAAGGUCACGUGCUGUGGUGUCUGCGGCACAGAUGCGCACAUCCACGAGGGCGAGUUCAUUGCCAAAUUCCCCCUCAUUCCCGGACACGAAGCCAUCGGUAAGGUCGUCGAAGUUGGCAAGAAUGUGAAGGACUUCCAGCUUGGCGACCGUAUUGUAGCAGACGUCGGCAUCUCGUGCGAUAACUGCUUCUAUUGCCGACGAGGCGAAGCCGUCCUUUGCGAAAACUUCAACGCUCGGGGUGUGACCCAGGAUGGCGGGUUUGCAGAAUACAUCGUAUACCACCAGAAGAAGUGCUACAAGAUUUACAACCUCACUGACGAGGAGUCGACGCUUCUUGAGCCCGCUGCAUGCGCCAUACACGGUCUCGACAAGCUGAAUCCGCCGGUCGGUAUCGAAAUCCUCCUUCUCGGUGCCGGCCCAACCGGCCUCAUCCUUGCUCAGCUGCUCAAACAGAACGGCGCUCACCGUGUCGUUAUUGCUGCGAACAAGGGCAUCAAGAUGGACAUCGCGAAGCAGCUCAACGCCGCGGACGAGUACAUCGAGCUCGACAGGCAGAACCCUGGCCCACAGUGGGAAGAGCUCAAGAAGAGCAACCCGUAUGGCUUCGACGUCGUCGUCGAGGCUACUGGUGUCGAGAAGCUUGCGCAGGAUGCUAUCAACUACGUCCGCCGUGGUGGUACCCUCAUGAUCUACGGUGUUUACGAGAACAAGGCUCUCGUACACUGGCCGCCAUCUAAGAUAUUUGGUGACGAGAUCAAGAUUAUUGGCUCGUUCUCGCAAGCCCACUGCUUCCCUCGUGCUGUCGCUUACCUCGAUGGCGGCAAGGUGAAUGUCAAGGGCAUGAUCACCGACACGUUCAAGCUUGAGGACUACCAGAAGGCCCUCGACAAGAUGAGCAGCCGUUCUGCCGUCAAGAUCGUCAUCACGCCUUGAGAGCCUGGCUCUAAAGUUGUCGCUUCCACUGGGUCCGGACAGAGCUGGACACUUCGGCUGAGUUUAUCGGGAAAAGUUAUGACCGGAUUGUAUCCCUCUCUGUCGUCUUAUCCGCAUCUGCAACAGUAAUACCAUAGAGUCACAAUUGUUUUCUCAGCUGCAGCAUAAUUGUAAUUUAAACUAUAACUUCUCUGGAUUUGAUCGAUGUUCGGUCGUUUUGCUGGUGUCGUGGCUGUUUGCUCCAAGGCUUCAUGGACAUAUCUGAUGUCGUUCCAACCGCCGCGGCAGGCUCACAUAUCGGCGAGGGGCCCAUUCUGUGCGUACGAGCAGAGCUCUCAAUAUUGCCAACUU